AUGGUGGCAGAGCUUGACUUUUCGAGUGAAUUUAACUGUCCCAAGAUGCAAACCCAUCUUUGGAUGGAAUGUUCGGCAUUCCAAACUCCCGCAACUAUUAAAACAUUUUAUCCAACUCCUCUUCCCCAUUCAACCACUCACGCAUACCCACUCAACUCAAUCAGUUACGGGGACAUGGUGCCUGAGACAAUAAUCGGCAAAAUUGUGGGAGGCAUGUGCUCGCUUUGCGGCGUCCUGGUGAUCGCGCUUCCGGUUCCCGUGAUCGUAUCAAACUUCUCACGCAUCUAUCACCAAAGUCAACGGGCCGACAAGAGGAAGGCACAAAAGACUUUACAAAACUGCCCAUCCACACCAGAUCCACAUACCAAGUCAGAUGGCUUUGACCCCAUGUCAAAGACGUAG